UCAGUUAGCUAGCCGAGCUGAUUAGCCUGCUACUACAAGCUAAUGUUUGUAGGAUAUUUAUUGUUCGCUUAAUUGGAGUGGAUGAUACAAAUAGUGUAGAAACAUGGCGGACGUCGAGGGACAAGGGAUUUGUUCAUCGGUCCCUCCGUUACCUCACCCUUCUUCCCGUAACGGCUCCGGUAGCGGUAACGUUACACCGGGCACCGGCGGCAGCUGCCAGACGACAACCACCGUUACUUCAGGCCCACGGCUAGUCCGAAUAGUGAAGUCUGACUCGGGCUAUGGUUUCAAUGUCCGGGGACAAGUUAGUGAAGGCGGGCAACUACGGAGCAUUAACGGGGAACUGUACGCUCCACUGCAGCAUGUCAGUGCUGUCCUACCGGGAGGUGCCGCCGACAGAGCCGGUAUUUCGAAGGGGGACAGGAUUCUGGAGGUUAAUGGUGUGAAUGUAGAGGGAGCGACCCACAAGCAGGUGGUGGACCUGAUCCGGGCUGGAGAGCGGGAGCUGGUGCUGGCCGUGCUGUCCGUCCCGCCUCAGGAGGCCGACUGCCUGGAUCCCGGAGACGACGUUUCAGCCCAGUCCUGCUACGACUACUCCGACAAGCAGGCCGUCCCAAUCUCUGUGCCGAGCUACAAGCACACUGAGCUCAACCAGGAAAAGUUUGUGGUAUAUAAUGUGUACAUGGCAGGCAGGCAGCUGUGCUCCAAGCGUUACCGUGAGUUUGUGAUCCUACACCAAAACCUGAAGAGGGAGUUUGCCAACUUUACGUUCCCCAAGCUGCCAGGGAAGUGGCCUUUUUCCCUGUCGGAGCAGCAGCUGGACGCACGGCGCAGGGGCCUGGAAGAAUACCUGGAGAAAGUGUGCUCUGUACGGGUAAUUGGAGAAAGUGACAUCAUGCAGGAGUUCCUGUCUGAAUCAGAUGAGAACUAUAAUGGUGUGUCAGAUGUGGAGUUGAGAAUAGCCAUGCCCGACAAAACCACGCUCACUGUCAGAGUUCGCAAAAACUCGACUACAGACCAGGUGUACCAGGCUGUGGUUAUGAAACUAGGGAUGGACAGUGUAACAGCCAGCUACUUUGCUCUGUUUGAGGUCAUCAACCACACCUUCGUGCGUAAGCUUGCCCCCAACGAGUUCCCCCACAAACUGUAUGUACAGAACUAUACCUCAGCCAUCCCGGGAACAUGCCUCACCCUGCGAAAGUGGCUCUUCACUACAGAAGAGGAGAUUCUGCUCAAUGACAACCAGCUUGCUGUCAACUACUUCUUCCAUCAGGCUGUGGAUGAUGUGAAGAAAGGCUUCAUCAAAGCAGAGCAGAAGUCCUACCAGCUGCAGAAACUGGCUGAGCAGAAGAAGAUGUCCAUGUAUCUAAGUUUGUUGAGGGGUUGCGAGGGCUACAAUGAGAUCAUAUUCCCACAUUGCUCCUGUGACUCUCGACGUAAAGGCCACGUGAUCACAGCCAUCAGCAUUCACCACUUCAAGCUGCAUGCCUGCACCGAGGAAGGGACACUGGAGAAUCAGGUGAUUGCAUUUGACUGGGGCGAGAUGCAGAGGUGGGACACGGAUGAAGAGGGCAUGGCUUUCUGCUUUGAAUAUGCACGAGGGGAGAAGAAACCACGCUGGGUCAAGAUAUUUACACCCUAUUUUAACUACAUGCAUGAGUGCUUCGAGAGAGUCUUCUGUGAGCUGAAAUGGAGGAAGGAGGUGGAAGAAGAGGCAACAGACAAGGACAAUAAGAACUGCAGUAAAGAUGGUAUGUGUGGCAAGAAUAUUUUCCAGCUGCUGAGGCACAGAAGGGAUGGGGGCACCUAGGAAGAGAGAUUGUUACCUCUUAAUUAGAGACCGUUAUCACCAACUCAGCUCAGUUUGGCCCUCAUCUAUCCCCAGACCCAGCAACUCUCGGCUAUUAACUACAUGGUCAUCAUUUACAAACCAUCAGCUACGACCUGAGAAGCUACCCCCCCCCCCUUCCCUCAAUACAUGCAAAUCAACAAGCACUUGCAAAUGAACAAAUCGAAUACACGAAUACACGGAACCAUAAAAAGCUGCAGAUACAUGAACCAGAAUUCUUGAAUCCAGCGCACCAUAAUCAUGCAUUAAGCAGAGCUCUGUCAAAAAGAAACGAGGCCUCUACAGACUUCAUGGAUUCAUGCAAGCCUUCUUCUUAUUGGCAGGGACUUGAAGUGGAAUGUGACUUGUACAUGAGGAGGUUUUGAGCCUCCUCUGAAGUUGUCCUACGGGGAAGAGAGAGCUGAAGGAAAUAAGGAAGCACUGUUGGACGAACAAGGGGAAAUGGAAGCUGUUAGUGCUCGCAAAAGGGGAACACAACACUGAUCAGUGAUACUGAGGGUUGACCACAGGAACACACCGAGCUUCUCUGUUUACAGAUCGGAGCAGCAGCGUCUUCUUUGUGGUUUUUUGGCCAGUUGUUAGCGUGCUAGUGUGUUUGUGCAUGUGCGUUCAGAUGGGGCCCCAAAAGGCGAGGGGCCAACCAAAGCGAGCCCCUCAGAAUGUAAGUCACAGCUGAAUUACGCCACAUACGUACAUUGUCAUCUGUUUGCAGAUCAAUUUGCAUUUAUAGAAGAGAACUAUUAACACUGUAACGAGGCAAAUGAGAGAAGGGGGAGAGAAAGCGUACAUUUUGUAGGAUUGUUAGACUUUUUUUUUUUUUUUUUUCAGAGACAGAGCUGUGUUGAUUCGACACACGAGCAGGAACAACGUUAAACUUUUGACUAAUGUUGCACUUUAUCCGACAGUAUUAACAACCUCCGAAUGUGGGAAAUGGAAGCAGACAGUGGGUGUAAUACUGGAACUAGCCUGUGCAUAGUUUACAUUCAUUUUUGACUGACUGACUACAGUAUGAUUAUGUACUGCAUCAUCAAAUGGCUGCAGAGCGUUGCAUUAAACUUUUAUAUAUUUAUAGUAUUACAUUAACUCUACAUGCAAAGGUUUUUGGGGGUCAUUGUGGAGCACUGAUCAGACAGUGGAGAGCACCAUGUUUAGCGUGCAUUACCCAAAAUAGACAGCAGGGGUCCUUCUCUUCCUGCCUGCUCUCUCGCAGGCCCUGAUUACUUUGUUUCUGAAAGCUCCCGUAGGAUUUAUAAUAGGCCUGUAAUUCAAAAGGUCUUUCCACUCACAGCACUAUUUAUCUCUGUAGCCGGUACUUUGCUGUACUGUUGAACCACUCAUGCACUCCAGAUUCAGGUUAAGUGGGAAGAGGAUUUCUGAGCAAGAAAAAAAAAAGGUAGCUUGCUCACUUCAUCAACAUGAUAGAUAUGAAGAUAACUGUGCACGUUCACUAAAGGCUGUGUAGCAAUUGAUCACAGAGCUGCAGUGUAAUGUAAUAAACAAUGUCCCUCCAAUGAGCCCAGUUAAUGUCCUCAUCCCUUGAACAAUGUAAUAAUCAUGAUAAUGUGAUAAAGUAUAACAUAAUUAUCUGAUGAUGCAAUAGUGACUUCAGGGUGGCAGAUAAAUAAAGAAGAAACUAAUGUAAUUACAUGUUAAAACAUGACAUGCUGACAUUAAAUAUUAAUCAUUUCUCAGCGCGAUAUUGUGAUGUCACCUUAUUUUUCUAGCUUUAUUGCAUUAUCAACUCAUGUAGGAGGGCAUUUUAAAACUUUAUCAGAGGGUUAUGAUACUGCUGGUUGCCUCUAGCUUUUACAAAAUGAGCCCCACUAUUAGUGUUGGAUGAUUAUGAUAAUAAGAACAUUUUCCAAAAUCAGUAUGUUCUGUCAUAAUAUGGCUAAUUUGUGCAAAAUCACAUGUAAGAUAAUCAAACUGAUGCUCAAAGCAAAGCAAAGACCACCCGAAACGAUCUGUGCAGAACAAAAACUAAUUUUCCUAGUUUUUAAUUAGGUCAGUAUAUGAUGCAAGUGAAUGUCAGUAAAGCAUAAUAUUCAAUUAUCGCCCAGCCCUAACUCCUAUCUAUCUUGUAAUGAGAGUAUCAACAGUGUUUUUCUACAAGCAGGCAGAGAGUCAUAGAUUGACAUCAGCGGCUCUUGCUAAGAGUGCUUGUUAUAAUGAUGGUGCUGUUCCACAAAAGCUGUUUUGGUUGAUUAAUGAGCUUCAGAAGACCUGGAUGGGUGUGUAAAAGAGGUUUAAUUGAAUGUGCUGGGCCUUGAAUUGAGAGCUUGAAUGUGCAAUCCUAAAAGCUGGAACACAUUUCCCAGGAUUCUUGUCUGUUUACUGGACCGUAUCUGAUGUGGUCGAUUGUCUCUGAUCUGCCUGCCUUCAAGUGUGCGCUCACCACCCCUCUCUCUCUCUCUCUCUCUCUCUCUCUCUCUCUCUCUCUCUCUUACUCUUUCUC